AUGGGUGUGCAACUGAAGAAUGCCUACGACUACAUUAUCCUCGGCGGAGGGACAGCAGGAUGUGUCAUUGCGAAUCGACUUUCUGAGGACCCCAACACCACGGUCUUGGUGAUUGAGGCUGGGAGUUACCGGCCCGAUGACCCAAAAAUCAACACCCCUGGCUUGAUGACCUCGCUAUAUGACAAGCCCGAAUACGACUGGAGCUUCUUCACUGAGCCUCAAAAACACCUGAACGGACGAAUUAUCAGUCAUCCUCGAGGUAAGGGCGUCGGUGGAUCUACGUCUUUGGCGUAUGGCGUAAUCGUAUUUCCUUCCCGGGCUACAAUAAAUGCAUGGGAAAAGCUGGGUAAUAGAGGCUGGGGAUGGAAGGAUAUGGGCCGCUACUAUCGCAAAUUUCACACCUUGAACGAACCGAUUGCCAAAACGGCUGAAGACCUGUCCCUGGCAUAUUUGGACAAGAAUAUCCGAGGUACUAAUGGACCUAUUCAAGUCUCCUUCCCAAACGAGGACUUUUAUGGAGCAUUGCAUAAGGCCUGGACCCAGACCUUUCAAAACCUCGACAUGGGAUACACGGGUGACCCAGCGACGGGCAAGAUGAAAGGUGGCUUUACCAACCCCUGCUGUGUCGACCCUAGGUCCAAGAUGCGGAGCUAUGCAGGAAACGCCUACUAUAACCCCGAGGUGGCUAAACGUCCCAAUCUCCAGUUUCUCACCGAAACCCUGGCAGAGAAGAUCCAUUUUGAUGACGUUGACCGACAGACGGCCACGGGUGUACUGUUUCGGACUGUAGAUGGAAACCAACAGACGGCUCAUGCAAGGAAAGAAGUCAUUGUGUGUGCUGGCACCGUCCAGUCGCCGCAACUCUUGGAGCUGUCAGGAAUUGGAGAUGCCAAACGGCUUAAAGCACUCGGUAUCACCCCUGUUGCUGACAAUCCCUAUGUGGGGGAGAAUCUGCAGGAUCAUGCGUGCGCCGGCAUCAGCUUCGAGGUCAUUGAUGGUAUAUCAACAAUUGAAGACACUAAAAUUCCGGGCAAACUAGACGAACUUAUUCAGGCAUAUCAAAAUACCCAUUCCGGUCCAUUGACAGCGAGCUGUAUCUCGUCGGCGUAUAUACCAGUGAACGAUUUAUCGAUUUUAGGGGACCGUAAGGUGCUCCAACCUAUCCUAGAUGCCGAAUUGAAAGUUAAACCUGGCGGACACCCAGCUCUUCAGAAGCAAUACGAGUUACAGCGCGCCAUUGUCGAGGACACAAAUGAUUCCACCAUCCACUAUUGGAUGCUAAACACCCAACUCUGCCCGCAUACAGGGCCCAGGCCGACAGACUGGUUUGGCAUGAAAGAAGAUGGCCGCUACGCUGUGAUUGACGCCUCCCUGACAAAUCCGUUCUCUCGAGGGUCCGUCCACAUUAAAUCAGCAGAUCCAACUGCAAAGCCAGCUAUCGAUCCGAUGUACCUUUCCAACAAGCUCGACCUUGAACUCUUAGCCCGCCACGUACUCUUCAUCGAAACCAUUGUGAAGACCGAACCAUUCGCAUCCUUGAUCAAGCGAGAUGGCCGCCGGGUUCCGCCCAAUACACACCUCCACACUCUCGAGGAGGCAAGGCAGUUUGUGUGUGACACCGUAGUGUCGAACUACCAUCCUGCGGGUACAUGUGCCAUGCUCCCACAGGAGCUUGGGGGAGUGGUUGACGACCGGUUGAAGGUGUACGGCACGAAGAACGUGCGAGUGUGCGAUGCUAGCAUCUUCCCGCUCAUCCCCCGUGGGAAUAUCCAGACCAGCGUAUACGCCACGGCCGAAAAAGGAGCCGAUCUGAUCAAGGGUGUUGUAUGA